GGCUCAGCCUUUGUGGACUCUUAACCGCGGCUCCAUAAGGAGCGAAGCGAGAGAGCACGGAGCCAGCAGCUCCUGCCGUUGUUUCAAGCGGGACUUGUGUUCUUAUUUAUUUAUUUAUUUAUUUAUCUAUUCAUUGUGUGUAUUAUAAACGUCCUUCGAAGUGGCUGGAGCAAGUGUGCAGGACUGCUGCUGCGGAGAUUAAAGUCCGUCCACGCAAGAGAACGGGUAUUGUCUCUGAGGACGCGCGGUGGAGCCGUCAUGGGCCUCUUGUGGUUCUCCACGCACAUCCUGAUUAUCUUGGCCAUUAUGCCACGGUGCUCCCAGAGCUGUCCCUCUGGAUGUCGCUGCUACAGCCUCACAGUAGAGUGCGGCUCCCUCGGGAUCAGAGAAAUCCCGCAGGGUGUCCCCUCCAUCACCGAGACCAUCUUUCUUCAGGAUAACGCUAUAAUGCAGAUCCGUCUCAAGGACUUGAACCGCUUGAGAAGCCUCCAUUAUCUGUACCUCCAGAACAACAGCAUCUCGGCUCUGGAGCCCGGGGCCUUUCUCAACCAGGGGCUGCUGCUAGAGCUGGCCCUCAACGGUAACCUCAUCCACCUGGUUACCGCCGACAUGUUUCGGGGUCUGGAGCACCUCCGGAUCCUCUACCUGGCCGGAAACCAGAUCACUCGCAUCCAGGACUACACUUUCAGAGGCCUGCAGCGGCUGCAGGAACUUCACUUACAGGAAAACAGCAUAGAGCUGCUAGCAGAGCACGCUCUGUCUGGACUGUCGUCCCUGGCCUUACUGGACCUCAGCAAGAAUCACCUGCGUACCCUGGGACCCUCAUUCCUCAAACCACUUGUCAGUCUGCAAGUGCUGCGUGUCACAGAGAACCCGUGGCGCUGUGAUUGUGCUCUCGGCUGGCUGAGAACAUGGAUCAGCAAGGACGGACAGCGACUCCUGAGUUCUGCCGAGCAGCGUCGGCUGAUGUGCUCGGAACCCCCUCGCCUGUCCCACCUCAGCCUGGUGGAGGUGGCUCCCAACAGCCUGGUGUGCAUCCCUCCCGUGGUGCAGCUCGAACCCAGCCACCUGACAGUGCGACUCGGAGAGAGCCUCCGGGUCUCCUGCCAGGCCUCCGGAUAUCCUCAGCCGCUGGUUACGUGGAAGAAAGCCUCUCACGGUAAGGCCCAGCUCUCACCCCGAGGCCUGUUCCAAGAACUGGGCCCUAACGGGGAGCUGUUCAAGCCCGGGACUGGUGGAGUGGUGACGGCUCUGCCCAGCAGUGGAGGGAUCAAGGUGGGAGGUGUCGGAGCGAUCCACGGGCUUGUGCGUGGGACUGAGGAGGGUGGUGAGAGAGACAGCUUUGAUCCAGACAUGGGCAGCGGCAUGCUGUUUCUAAGUAACGUGACUGUCGCACACGCUGGCCGCUACGAAUGCGAGGCCUGGAACCCAGGUGGUGUGGCUAGGGUUACUUUUCAUCUGGCCGUUAACAUGUCUUCUUCCUCAUAUACAUCCCAAUUCUGGCCUCGUUCAAACACCCACUCCUAUGUUUCUUCGUCGGCCAGCUCCUUCUAUCAGCCAGAGGUUUUGGAUAUUAGUCAGGAGCCGUUGUAUGAGCAGGAUAGCAUGGACUUCAACUCCCUGGGCCCUGCGACGCAGACCGCUAUAGCUGUUGGAAUCUCCUUGCUGGCCCUCACUGCUGUUCUUCUCUUGAUCAUGAUAUACACUCGUCACCAGCAGUACCAAAAAGAGGACAGUGGAUCCUACUGUACGAGCAAGGAAGAGAGCAUCCUGUAUGUGAACGACUACUCUGACGGGCCCACCACCUUCGCGCAGCUGGAGGAGUACCGCGACGAUCACGGCCACGAGAUGUACGUGCUCAACCGGGCCAAGCCCGUCGCGGGCUCUGCUUCGUCCAGGUGCUCCAUGAUGAGCGGGUUUGUCCAGCAGAAGAGCAUGAAGGAAGCUCUGCUGGACCACGAAAUGGUUCAGACACUGACAAGAUCAGCAGGACCAGGGCUUCGCAGAAACCCGGCAGAAGGAGGAGAGGGACCCCUGACGACAGAUCCAGAGGAGCUCUUCCUCAGUCAGAGUCUCCUUUUCGGAUCACAGGUUGCUUACGAGAUCCACUGCUAAGGUACCCUUAUUGUGUUCUGUUAUGAAGCUAUAUAUUGAUGGACUUAUUGAAAAAAACAAAAACAACUUUUAACUAAGUGUAACAGUUUAAAGCAUCAGAUUAUUUUUUGACUUGAAAGAAAAGAGUGAAUCAAUGAGUGACUGCUGGAAAGCUGGAUCUCAUCUGGUGUCACAGAGAUGCUCUUCUGAUUGAUUGUAUGACAUUAAGAUAGGUCAGGGGACUGAUCAGUCAUAUUUACAGGGAUAAUAAUUAGUGAACCAUACUUUUCUGUUUCUAAAUCAACCCUUUAAGAAUAAUUAUACAAGGCUAACCUCAUAGGAAAUGGGUAAUGCCAGAUAAAUUGAAUCCUCGCCACAGAGGCUCAACCUGUGCAGGAAGUAAUGGUUACUGAUUAAUGUUUUGUACAAAUUUAUUUCUUUAAGCUUUAUUUUAUGUGUUAUGUCUGUAUUUUUAUGUAAAUAAAUUGAAGUUAAUUUUCACUGUGAAGUACAGCUGUUUUGUGGAUCCUCUUGCAGAUUCCAUUAGAAUUAGACUUCCAUCAAUCCUCUUAGUGAAACUGCAUUAUCUUACUCAUGUAAGAGUGGGCGGUGGUGGGUGGAUUUGAUUAAGGAGAUUCAGUCUAAAUGUGGCAACAAGUCUUUUUUUACACCCCUUGUUUGUACCAUACCACUUUAAUCCUUAAUGUUAUCCUUGGAUGAAUUUUCUAUGUUUAUUGCCAUAGCAGAACAAGGACGUUACAUUGCUAAUUAAAAAAAUAAAGAAUAUACAGUAUAUAUAAACUGAUUUACUGAGGUCCAAAACAGAACGAUAUUGGUGAAACACACACACACACACACACACACACACACACACACACACACACACACACACACACACACACACACACACACACACACACACACACACACACACACACACACACACAA